CACAAGACCACUGGAUGGCAGCGCACCAAUCAUGCCGCGCUCUGCGCUCUUGUCAGAUGUCUCUGCCGCAGCGCAAUCCACAAGUUCGUCACCAGUCGCUGGCGAGACUCAGCGUAUGGCUGCACAGAAGGUCAUGCUUGGACGGUGGCCGCCCCGUCCCGUUAGCCGCGCGAUCCAGAUGGGCAAGGCAUCGCGAUCACAUCUCGGCGAUUGCUUCAUUUUUUUUUUUUCUGUCGUUCGCUCGACGACACAGGACUACCCGGGUCAAACUAUCGGUGUCCGCCUCUCUUAUAUAGGCUCACUAUUUGCAAGACGAACCGGUUCCCUUUGGAGGCCAAUACCUCAUGCAUAAUGAGUUGGCACCCACCAGACCCACUCAUGUACAACACAUCAUAAAAAUUCUCUACGCAAAGCCCGAACAAGAUGCUGGCCUUCGAAAACAGCUUCUAUUUUCCGGCACGGACUCCCCUUGACUGACAGCAUCUUGUGUCUAUCUUCCAAUCGCAGAUUUCGAUUUCAACAUGGUCAUACCACUUUCAAUGCCUGUCUUUCUGUUACGUCGCCACGUGGCUGCGGCAUCAAUCGCUGGCAAGGUUAAAUCUGGGGUUGACACUCGGCAUGCAAUUCGCCUGUCUUCAAAGUACCCAAAGCUAGCAGUCUUUGUUUAUCGGCACUUUUGGGUACGCCAACCAUGGCUUUCUGUGUGUUUCUAACAUUCUUUCCACAAGUCGGCAACUCCGACGUUUACCAACUCUGGGGGUAAGCAGUGUUCAAAUGGCGGUCAAGAUGGGAUUCUGCGGUUAUACUCCAUACAUGGCCGCGACGGUUUCUUUAGCUUUGACACACGAGAUGUCAUUGC